AUGGAUUGGGGAAACGUUACCGCCGAAGAUCUCGUCGACGCUCUCCGCGAAGUUGAUUGGUCAUCGCCGCCGCGUCCUCUCUCCGAAUUCUUCUCCCGAUUCACCGUUCCGAGAUCUUCCUCCAAAUGGAACAGCCGUCUCAAAUGCAAUCUCUACUACUACAGGACCAACUACUUCAUUUUGAUUGUUUCUGUUCUCAUAUUGGGGUUUCUUCGGAGGCCGCUUGCUAUUGUGGCUGCGCUUCUUACAGCACUAAGCAUUGCCUUUCUAAAUGAUAGCUUUGCAGGUACCUUUAGUGAGAAGGUGACAAGAACAGUUAGGCAAUUUUCACCUCAUUUAGCUGCCAAAAUGAGACCUCCGCUUACGCCUGUUAUUCGUGGACGUCCAUCAGCUAAGAGAGCAAUCUAUAUUUGUGGCCGGCCUCGUUGGGUGUUCGUCUUGAUAUUUUCUUCUGCAAGUUUCUUUCUUUGGUUUGUUUCGGCUGGUCUCCUGACUGUUUUAUGGGCGCUUGCUAUCGGUCUUCUUGCUACCAUCCUGCAUGCAAGCUUUAGAACACCUAACCUGAAAGCACGUCUAAACACAUUCCGUGAAGAGUUUCGUGCUGUAUGGCGCAAUUACAGCGAGCUGUAG